AUGAAUCCUAUACAGAAAAUAGUGCACAAGUAUGAGCCAGUGUUCAAGAUUUUGGCGGAGCGGAUGGCGGUGUACCUGGCACUAUUUCAGCCUCUCAGGGUAACUCGGCAUCAGUUCAAGAAGGUGCUCAACUGCAUGCGGAAUAUCCGAAAGCUCAAGUACCAAGAAGUGUACGCGCAGGAGAAAGUGACCAAAGUGGACAGCCUGUCGUUAGUUCUGACUGGCAAGCUCGUAGUGUCUCAGAACGGCCGGGCGCUGCACAUAGUAUUCCCACACCAAUUCCUCGACUCGCCCGAGUGGUUCGGCGUGUCUACAGAUGAGUUCUUCCAGGUGUCAAUAACAGCUAUGGAAGAAUCACAGGUGCUUGUGUGGCACAGAGACAAGCUCAAACUGACAAUCAUCACAGAUCAGUUCCUACAAGCAGUGUUUGACCACAUUUUGGGUCGUGAUGUUGUCAAGAAACUGAUGCAGGUUAGUGAAACAAUGGCAGCAAGUAAUAAUGGUCAUCUACCAAAUAGUCUUGAUGAUGGAGAGGAUAAGCCAAUGCUAAUUGUGAAGAAAACAGGGGAGGGGCCGGGCAUCACCGCACUUAUAAACAGACAGCUACAAGGUAUGCCUAGGAUUAGGUACUAUUAUUGUGCAACUGACCCAAAUGCUUGGAGAUUAGGGCGAAUAGAAGAGGCUGACCAUGAAACUCCAGUAUGAAAAAUGUUUAGAAAUCAGGUUGUAUGUAUGUGGAUGUGUGACAAUCUGAAAUGUGAAAAUGUAUGUAAAUUUCUAAUAAUGAUAUUAUGUACUGGUACUGUUGGAAUCCUUUUUUGCCAGUUUCUACCUGCAAUGUACAGCUGGUUAAAGUCUAACUGAACUCUAAAACAUUUGCAGAAAUGCUAAAUGUUGAUUAUACGUGAUGUGUAAAAUAAAAUAAAAAGUAUAAAGAUCAA